CUGUUCUUAAAAACCACAGUGACUGACUCGGAGAUUUCACGCUUUGCUGGGCGCAUGGAACGUCUGUAUUGCUCAGAGUGGGACGCUUCACGAGGACGUUUAAAAGCCGAUGUUUACACUGAUGCCAGCGGAUCACGCGCCAUCCUCUCGCCAGCAUGUGCCAGUCUAAGGAUUUGCGGAGAGCGCGAGGGGAAUCCCUCGCAGAAGUCGGGAAGCUCUUCUUGAAACGCACUUCGCUUCAUGGUCUUGCACAUAUAUUUCUGUCUGGUUCGUACCUCCGCAGGCUGGCCUGGCUACUGGCUUUCUUGGUGUCGCUGGCUUUCCUGUUCUCCUGGUCGUCCAACCGCGUGCAGUACUUUCUCUCUUACCCGGUGUACACCAAGGCGCACGUACUGCACGCGCGGCGGCUGGUUUUCCCUGUCGUGACUAUUUGCAACGUGAACCUGUUGUUGCCGAGGCGGAUGAAGCGCUCGGAGGUGUUCGUGGCGGGUCAGUGGCUGGGUCUAAUAGGAAAAAACUGGCAAAUCUCCGCCGGUGCCAGAGAGGCACUUAAAAACAACAGCGAAUCACCUUGGACCCCUUUUUCCCGAAUAGUUGACUUCAGCCGGUUUCUACCCCCGCCCGGCGGCUCUCAGCCAUCCACGGGGCAGUUGCUGGACCGGAUCGGGCACCAGCUGGAGGAGAUGCUUCUGCACUGCCGCUUCCAGGGGCGGAGAUGCGGCCAUCAGAAUUUCAGUACCAUCUUCACUCGUUAUGGGAAGUGCUACAGCUUCAACACGGGGCAGGAUGGGCGCCCCCUGCUGGUCACCACCAAGGGCGGCAUGGGGAACGGGCUGGAGCUGAUGUUAGACAUUCAGCAGGACGAGUACCUGCCUGUGUGGGGGGAGACCGACGAGACUUCGUUUGAAGCGGGGAUCAAGGUGCAGAUCCACAGUCAGGAUGAGCCCCCUUUCAUCGACCAGCUGGGGUUCGGAGUCGCCCCCGGAUUCCAGACCUUCGUCUCCUGCCAGGAACAGCGGCUGGUGUACCUGCCCCCACCCUGGGGUGACUGUAAGGUGACCCCGAUGGACUCUGAGUUCUUUGACAGCUACAGCAUCUCUGCGUGUCGCAUCGACUGCGAGACGCGCUACCUGGUGGAGAACUGCAACUGCCGCAUGGUGCAUAUGCCAGGAGAUGCUCCUCACUGCACCCCAGAGCAGUACAAGGAGUGUGCCGAUCCAGCACUGGACUUCCUGGUAGAGAAGGACAGUGACUUCUGUGUGUGUGAGACACCGUGCAACGUCACGCGCUACGGUAAGGAGCUGUCCUUCGUCAAGAUCCCCAGCAAGGCCUCCGCCAAGUACCUGGCCAAGAAGUUCAACAAGUCAGAGCAGUACAUUGGUGAUAAUAUUCUGGUGCUUGACAUUUUCUUUGAGGCCUUGAACUACGAAACGAUUGAGCAGAAGAAAGCGUAUGAAGUCGCCGGACUGCUGGGCGACAUCGGGGGCCAGAUGGGGCUCUUUAUCGGAGCCAGCAUCCUCACCAUCCUAGAGCUGUUUGACUACCUGUAUGAGGUUAUUAAGUUCCAGCUGUGUCGUUGCUCUCAGAAGAAGCACAAGAACACCAACAACAACGAGCAGGGUGCUGUACUGAACCUGGAGCCUGUACAGCGUCACGUCAGCCAGACCCCCUGUGAGAAUCUCCACCCCCCAUCCAUGUAUCCUGCCAACAUGCUACCUCAUCAGCCGGUGCAGGGCAACUUCGAGGACUUUACCUGCUGAGCCAAUCAGAGAGGAGCAAGGGGGCGGAGACUCAGACUAAGAUUCCAGAGUCAAGAACACCAACUUGAAUAUCUCAGUGACUUUUACACACUGUUUCAGUGAAAUAUAUAAACAAAUAAAGAGACAAAACUAGCAGCAGCAACAUCCAAGGCAAGCAAAAGCCUUGUACUGUUGUGGGACUCUAUCACACUGUCUGAGAACUGUCACCCCCUGAACAAGGAACAUUUUCAGGACUUUGGGGUGAAGGCUAAGACAGCGGGGUACCCAGAGCUGGGCCAGUGUGGUCCUCACAGACUCCAAAAGGGGGCAAAUGGGGGAACCUGGAUCAGGAAAACAGCUGUGGACAGCCCAAAAAAGGACCACUCCAACACAGAGGAGACGCUGAGCUGUUCUGACUGUGCACUCAGGAGGGGGGGAUUUCAGUGAGGGGGGGAUCUCGGGUGAGAGCCUCGGAGGUCAAACCCAGAUACAUUUCUGUCAGGUUGCCACAGGACUAAUGAGACGAUUUUCCUCUCAAGAGCAUUAAAAUUACAUCUGACCUGACAGGUGCACCCUGGGAUACUGGGGGUGUGGAAGGCAGCGAGUUCUACUCAGAGCUGCUGAAUUAAAUAUUUGCUUAAUUUCUCCAGGUUUCACCAUAAAAAAGCAUGCUUGUCUUUGUCCUUUUGUGUUUUUGUAUUGCUAUAUUUAUCUCAUUUAUGUACAGGGUGAAAUAUGGGUGUGUGCGUAUGUUCAUCAGAGAGCGUGUGUCAGAGUGUACGAGAGCAUGCGUGUCAGUGAGAAUAUGUCUGUGUCUGUCAGUACAUUAUGAGUGUAUGCAUGCAUCGUCGUGUGUGUGUGUGUGUAACUGUGUGAGCAUGUACAUGUGUGAGAGCGUAUGCAUGUGUACAUUCAUGCAUUUAUUUAAGUAUGUGUGACCAUAUGUAUAUCUGUCAAAAAGACUCCCUGAUCUCAGAAAUGAUUUGAGGUGUAAGAGUGCUUUCAUUUUUAAGUAUAUGAUUGAAGUAUAUGAUUGUUGUAUUUACUGGGAAGGAUUUGAUUAAACGUGUGGAAAAAAACUAAUGAAUUCAAGUAAAUUUCAAUUUCAGGUAAGAUUGCAAUUAUUUUGCUAAAUGUUGGAAAAAUUUGGAAAUUUUGGUUAAAUGGAAGAGCGAAUUAAAUCAGUGAUGAUUUCUUAAUUCUUCACAUAUGAUGGUGUCCCACUAUGGACCUUUAGGGAACCAAAAAAGAAAACUUUUAAAAACUUCUGAUUUCAGCCCUAACCAGAGCAGGCUGAGUAAAUUUCAGUUAUUUUAAACAAAGAGAUUUGGAGUUAAUUCUCUUUUGCUAAAUACAUAACAAUGACCUAGUUUUGCGAUGCGUUAUUGUGUGGUCUUUUUUGCACAUUUUAGCCUUUUGGUUGUGGAUGGGGUUGCGAUUUGAGUUAUUAAAAAAUUAUGUUUUAAUCAUUGCAGUGACUGUCAUCGCUCUCAGAACUCUGCAGGAUGUUUACCUUUCACUGAUGAGGACUUGAUGUGAUGUGAUGUACUUGAAAAAUAUCAUAUCAAAGCACAACAGUACCACCAUGCGUAUGUAAAUAGCUUUCAUAUAUAUGCAUAUGUAUGUAUAUAUAUGUGUGUGUAUGUGUGUGUGUGUAUAUAUAUACAUAUAUAUAUAUACACACACACACAAAUAUUGCAGACUAUGAAUAUUAUUAUUCUGACAGCUGUUAUGGUCAUUAUUAUUAAUAUUGUAAUAACUCGCUUCUGUGUGUUUUUGUUUUUCUAAGAGAUUAAAAUGAUAUGUGAUCAUUCAGCCUGUUUUCCCAUAACAGGCUGUUAUACGGAAACAAUGCUCUAUAUUAAAAUCUAUAAACAUCACAUAA